AUGGCAGGAGACCUGGAUACCAGCAAGAUCAGGGACUGGCGAUCUAUAGUCACCCUGAUUGUUUUUGUAAUCACCAACAUCAUUGUGCUUUUUCCUUUCAAAGUGCCCAUCUUCGUUCCAAGGUGGCUUUAUCAUGCGGCUCUUGAUACCUUGAGCGCUGUGCGCAUUAUUCGUCCUCGCAAACUCUCCUCGCCCACGCGAGACGAGAAUCGAUUAUUCAUACGAUUCAAUUUUCCCCUAAACUUUGUGACCGCACCUUUAGCAGCCGAUCUGUUCUUGCUCGCCAUCCUGGCCAUUGGGCGCAAAGAAGUUCACGAUGGAACUCUGGGCUCCGACAAUAUCUCACCGAUUGAUAUCAUGGCCUUUUUCCUCACCUUAGCCUACAUCGCCAUCUCCAUUGAUGCGUCGGGCUUGAUCCGAUGGCUUGCAUUCAAGGUUCUUCAACGAAGCGCUAGCGUUGGUCAUCGAUUGUUCUUCUACCUAUACGCAUUUUUCUUCGGACUCGGCAGCUUCAUCGGCAAUGACCCGAUCAUCUUGUCUGGCACAGCCUUCCUGGCUUAUAUGACUCGGGUAUCGAGCAAUAUCAUGCAUCCAAGAGCCUGGAUCCAUACUCAAUUUGCGAUCGCUAAUAUCGCAUCUGCGAUCCUGGUUUCCUCCAACCCGACCAAUCUGGUACUGGCGGGAGCCUUCAACAUUACCUUCAUCAAAUACACUGCCAACAUGAUCGUCCCCGUGGUGGCCACGGCAGUUAUCCUAUAUCCAUUCUUACUUUAUAUCAUAUUUGCGGACAAGGCUUUGAUCCCCAUUUCGAUCCAGAUGCACGAACUUCCCGAGGAAGUGAAGAAAAAGGAUCCGAUCAAUCCAAACAUUCCUAACGCCCGAGGUGGUGCUGACGUGGAAGCUGUGGACACUGAGGACAGCAAGUUGUUGUCAUUGGAAGAGGUCAUGAAUCCGUUUUUGGAUAAAAAAUCUGCGAUGUUUGGCGCCUUCAUCAUGGCGUCGACUCUCAUCACUCUUCUCGCACUAAACGCGGCCUUCUCGUCGGGUGAGACACAUCCUGUGUUCUGGGUCACCUUGCCUGGAGCCUUUGUCAUGUUCUGCUGGGAUCUUGCAUCUGGUUGGAUGCAUCGCCAUCAGACACGAGAAAUUGCCGCUGAGGGCCAACGGAAGAUCGAACAACGUGACAUGGAGGCAAAGGGCACCAAAGAGCGUCCACAAUCCUUGCACGACCAGAAUGCCACGGGAACUGAAAUCAACGAACAGAGUUUUCCGGUGACCGUGAGAAACUCAGCCCAAAUUGCAUCCCAGACCUCGACUCAAGGAGGUCAAAUGGUCCCAUCCGAUUUUCAAGGGUUGAAGAUAGCGGAUGCUGGUCAGGAAAAAUUCCCAGUGCUUGAAGGCCCGUACGCUGAGCCAUCCCCGAAAACGUCAGAAGCUACCGCUCGAACAGAUCACUUAAGCCAACCUGAUCAAGACAAAAAGCGAGUGGCAGUCGAAAAGACGUCAAGAUUCGCUGAGGGCUGUGAGAAAGUGGACAUUUUGGAGGAAGCCGAGAUGAAAGGUCCACGAACUCUGGUUUCGCUUUGCGAAGAGACCUAUCGUUGGUUACAAGUCACCUUCCCAACCGUCACCGUCGUGGUUUCACACAUGCCAUUUCCACUUGUCCCAUUUGCAUUUUCAAUGUUUGUUCUCGUUCAAGCUCUCGUGACGAAGGGCUGGGUUCCUGUCUUUGCAUACGGGUGGGACCGCUGGGUCAAUAAGACAGGGACUGUUGGCGCUAUUGGUGGCAUGGGCUUUUUGUCCGUCAUUCUAUGCAACUUCGCCGGGACCAAUAUUGGUACGACGAUUCUGCUUUCCCGGGUGAUUCAAUCAUGGCAAGAAAUACAUCACCAGAACGGAUUACCCAUCAGCGAGCGCACAUUCUGGGCCACUGUCUACAGCAUGGCUUUGGGCGUGAACUACGGAGCAUUCAGUACCGCAUUCAGUGCAUCGCUUGCUGGGCUGUUAUGGCGUGAUAUCUUGAACAGAAAGUUUAUUCGUGUCAAGAGUAUUGAUUUUGCCAGGAUCAAUCUCCCGAUCAUCACCAUUUCGAUGGUCGUUGGAUGCACUGUCCUUGUUGGCCAGAUUUAUGUCACGCGAAAAGAUACACCGUACGAUUUGUGA